UUUGACGCUUUAUGUUGCCCUUCUAACUCAUUUGAUGUUUUAUGACAUGUUGUUGAUAUAUUUGAGAAUUGCAACAAAUAUUAGGAUAAUCUGACUGUCUUUCUAACUAUGCAAUCGAUUUAAAUACACCAUUAUUGCCGAGUCAACAGCUUCGGUCCAUUGCUAGGUUUACGUUAUGCGACAACUUGAAGUGUAUGCGAAAGGACAGAAUAACAAAACGUAGUUAGCUAGCUACUCACCAACAUUUCUUACCUGCCAUUAGGUUUGACAGAGGCAUGAUAAUCGACAUUGUAACCAAGUGGUGUUUGAUACGACUUCUUAUGCAGCUAGAUAACGUUUAGCUACCAGUAGCUAUAUAGCUACGCUAGCUGGCUUGAUAAUGUUGUUGUGGGUAUGGCUAGUUAGCUUAGCUAACUUGAUAUUUGCUAACAUAGCUGCUACCAGAGCUUUGUUGUGAGUUUUUAGUAAGUAUCAAGAACACAGCUGGCUAGAUUCUUAGUAUUUCGCUAGCUACUUGUCUUAACUCGGUGUCAGCAAACGAUUUGCCUAGUUAGCCUACCGUGCUAACCCUGUGUUGCAGUCGAAUGUCAUUGGUCGAAGGCUAUAGACAGGGCCUAUUAGCUUCAGCGAGCAAACCGGUUCCAAAAGUAGACUUUUUUUGCAUGAUGUGUAGCUACAUUAGUAAAUGUUUUAUUUGUCAGAUGUAUACAAUUAAAACGAGAAGGGAAAGUUGCAGAGCGAUGUUUUUCAAAUGUAUACACAAGGGAUGCCUGAUGUGUCAAUGAGACCAAGACAUUUAGGCCUAACAACAGUGAUACCCACUUGUUGAUCUAGAAUAGAUUGGUUUUCUUUCAUAUUUUCUGCUGCCUGUCAAUGAUUUAUCUGUGCCACUGCAUACUUUAGGCUCUAGCAAAUGUGAUUCAACUAAUAAAGUAUUUUGUUCACCAGUUAUGCCAGUACUAGUAGCGAAUCAACACUGUAGGGGUCAUGGGAUACUUGCCAAAUGCUGAACUAUUGUUUGUGACCUUGUUCAGUGGUUCUCAAACCUCUCCCUGGGGACCCCCCAGCCGUUCCAGGUGGUAGUGAAUGCGGUAGAGUCCCAGUCUAGGUAUGGAGCAGUGUGCGUGUGUGGAGCGGGAGCUGGAGAAGGUGCUCCAUAGGUUUGUCAUGUACGGACACCAGUCAGAGGAACGUCUGGACGAACUACUACGCAGCGUCUGUGAGCUACGGGGACAGCUGGUUACAUUCGGGGUACGAGAUGCAGAUCUGACGGUGCUGUCUCAGACCAUGGCCCAGUGUUGUAAGAACAUUAAAGAAACGGUACAGCUGCUGGCCUCCAGACACAAGGACAUCCACGGCAGUGUCUCCAAAGUGGGCAAAGCUAUCGACAGGAACUUUGAUGCAGAGGUGAGUGCAGUGGUGGCAGAGACCGUGUGGGACUCACCUGAGAGACAGAAGUACCUGAGUGAGACCAUUGUGGAACACCUGUACAGACAAGGCAUGCUGAGUGUGGCAGAGGACCUAUGUCAGGAGUCUGGAGUAGUGAUUGACAUGAGCAUGAAGCAGCCGUUCUUGGAACUCAACAGGAUCCUGGAGGCCUUGAGGAUGCAGGACCUCAGACCAGCACUAGAGUGGGCAGUAACAAACCGGCAGCGCCUGCUGGACCUGAACAGUACCCUGGAGUUCAAGCUGCACCGCCUCUACUUCAUCAGCCUGUUAAACGGAGGCAUCACCAACCAGCUGGAGGCGCUACAGUACGCCAGGCACUUCCAGCCCUUCGCCUCACAGCACCAGAGAGACAUCCAGAUCCUCAUGGGUAGUCUGGUGUACCUGCGGCACGGCAUAGAGAACUCUCCCUACCGCUCUCUGUUAGAGACCAACCAAUGGGCUGAGAUCUGUAACAGCUUCACCAGGGACGCCUGCGCGCUGCUGGGGCUAUCGGUAGAGUCACCUCUCAGUGUCAGUUUUGCGUCAGGCUGCAUGGCUCUGCCCGUCCUGAUGAACAUCAAACAGGUGAUUGAACAGAGACAGUGUAGUGGAGUCUGGACACACAAGGAUGAGCUGCCUAUUGAGAUAGACCUGGGGAAGAAGUGCUGGUACCACUCUGUGUUCGCCUGCCCCAUCCUCCGACAGCAGACGUCAGAGAGCAACCCUCCCAUGAAGCUCAUCUGUGGACACGUCAUCUCCAGAGACGCCCUCAACAAACUCACCAACGCUGGAAAACUGAAAUGUCCCUACUGUCCCAUGGAGCAGAACCCGUCAGAUGCCAAGCAGAUCUUCUUUUGAUCCUGAAACCGCCAGGCCCUUGGAGCUACAGUAGCUACCUGCUACCCCAGGACCCCUGGAAAUCCCCAUCCUACUUACUCACAGGCACCAAUUUGCCCCAGUGCCCCCACCCAAACUCAGACAGAUCCCUUCCAGUGAUGGCCCAAGGCUGUAAUACUCCUGCCUCGUCUUGCCUCAUCAACAGCUCCUAGUGUACAGAGGGCUGAUGUGGAUGGACCAUCAAACGACUUCUACCCAUAGAGAGACAUAGAGGAGUCGGUCGGCAUGAGGACGAAGGAAACAUCUCAAAAGGAUUGUUCAUUCAUUGACACUCGUUCAUUUGCAACUGCCUGCUGAACUUAUUCUACUCUUUUUCUUUAAGGAUGUGAUGAGGCGUUAUGUUUUCUUUUGUGGGAUUUUGACAGGGUAUCGAGUUUAUGUUGACAGGGUAUCGAGUUUAUGUUGACAGGGUAUCGAGUUUAUGUUGACAGGGUAUCGAGUUUAUGUUGACAGGGUAUCGAGUUGAGUUGAUGUUGAUAGGGUGUUGAUGUUGAUAGGGUGUUGAUGUUGAUAGGGUGUCGAGAUGAUGAUGAUAGGGUGUCGAGAUGGUGAUGAUAGGGUGUCGAGAUGAUGAUGAUAGGGUGUCGAGAUGGUGAUGAUAGGGUGUCGAGAUGAUGAUGAUAGGCCGUUGAGUUGAUUAUGAUAGGUUGUUGAUGAUAGGCCGUUGAGUUGAUGAUGAUGAUAGGCCGUUGAGUUGAUGAUGAUGAUGAUAGGCCGUUUAGUUGAUUAUGAUAGGUUGUUGAUGAUAGGCCGUUGAGUUGAUGAUGAUGAUAGGCCGUUGAGUUGAUGAUGAUGAUAGGCCGUUGAGUUGAUGAUGAUGAUAGGCCGUUGAGUUGAUGAUGAUGAUAGGCCGUUGAGUUGAUGAUGAUGAUAGGCCGUUGAGUUGAUGAUGAUGAUAGGCCGUUGAGUUGAUGAUGAUAGGCCGUUGAGUUGAUUAUGAUAGGUUGUUGAUGAUAGGCCGUUGAGUUGAUGAUGAUGAUAGGCCGUUGAGUUGAUGAUGAUGAUGAUGAUGAUAGGCCGUUGAGUUGAUGAUGAUGAUAGGCCGUUGAGUUGAUGAUGAUGAUAGGCCGUUGAGUUGAUGAUGAUAUGUUGUUGAUGAUGAUGAUAGGUCGUUGAGUUGAUGAUGAUGAUAGGCCGUUGAGUUGAUGAUGAUGAUAGGCCGUUGAGUUGAUGAUGAUAUGUUGUUGAUGAUGAUGAUAGGUCGUUGAGUUGAUGAUGAUAGGCCGUUGAGUUG